AUGGCUCGACGACGCCGCCCGCCGCGGCCUGGAGCCCUGGCAGACCUGGCCCCUUUGCGCAUCCUCACUCAGAUCUUCCUCUUACAGCUAAGCUACUAUGGCACGGCGAUCGUCCUCAUCGUCUUCACGAGCAUUGUCGCUGGAAAGCAUCCGGAUCCUGGCAUGUUCUUCGACUGGCGAAACGUGCGAGGAGAUGUCACCACUGGCUGGACCUUGGGUCUUUGUUGGAUGCUCGAUUCUCUCAUAACUGUAAUACCGAUACUACUCCUAAUCGCCCGAAGCAAACUCGUACCCGACUUCGCCCUUACGAUUCACCUCAUCCACUUGAUCAUCACAUCCCUUUAUACGCGCACGCUACCCAGCAAUAUUUCCUGGUGGAUGCUCCAAAUACUCUCCUCUGUACUCAUGAUAUCGUUGGGAAUGUGGGCAUGUCAGUGGCGGGAGCUGCGGCCUAUGGCAUUUGGUGGAAAGUCGAAACAGCAGGCAGAGCCAGGCACGGUCGCGAAUGGACACCCUCCGGAAGCGGACGAAGGAGCAGGAUUUGAAAUGGGGAGUGGAAGAUCAGGCGGAAGAGAUGGUGCAGGCGCGUACGAGAUGGUCGGCAUGGCGCCCAGAGAGCCAACUUGA